AUGGGUGACCCAUACAGUGCUGGAGGAAGCCGAAGGCUUGCAGGACCAAGUAAGGGUGGUUUGGGGAAAGAUGGAGAAAGGAUAGAAAGCCAGCUCCCUGCCCCCCACGAGCCUCCUAAACUUGGAAAUUCUACCAGUGACAAGAUGGAAGGCAGGAAGAAAGGACGGCCAAAGGUCGAGAACCAAGCACUGAGAGACAUUCCUCUCUCCUUGAUGAACCAAUGGAAGGAUGAAUUCAAAGCCCACUCUCGGGUGAAGUGUCCAAACUCAGGGUGCUGGCUGGAGUUCCCAAGUAUUUAUGGACUCAAAUACCAUUAUCAGCGUUGCCAGGGGGGUGCCAUCUCUGAGAAGCUGACAUACCCAUGCCCCUACUGUGAAGCUGCCUUCACCUCCAAGACUCAGCUAGAGAAGCACAGACUGUGGAAUCACAUGGACCAGCCUGUUCCAGCCAGCAGGCCUUUCCCCCUGCCUAAAGCUGCACUCCCUGGGAAACCAGUACAGACCAACAAACCAGUCCCAGUCAGCAAACCAGUCCCAGUCAGCAAACCAGUCCCAGUCAGCAAACCAGUCCCAGUCAGCAAACCAGUCUCAGUCAGCAAACCAAUCCCAGUUAGCAAACCAAUCUCAGUUAGCAAACCAGUUCCAGUCACCAAACCAGUCCCAGUCACCAAACCAAUCCCAGUAAGCAAGCCAGUCCCAGUCCCUAAGCCGGUCCCAGUACCUAAGUCGGUCCCGGUCGGCAAACUGGUCCAAGUCAGUAAGCCAGUCCAAGUUGGCAAACCUGUCCCAGUCAGCAAACCUGUCCCAAUCAGCAAACCAGUCCCAGUCACCAAGGUGGCCCCAGUCAGCAAACCUAUCCCAGUCACCAAAACUAUCCCAAUCACUAACAAGCCCAUCCAAAUCAAUAAGCCCUUCCCAUCCAGCAAACCUGUCCUGGUCAGCAAGCCCAUCCCAAUCAGCAAAUCAGCAUCACCCAGCAAAGUGUUGCCGAUGAACAAGCCAGAGAGCAAAGUGCAAAGAACUGUGGGAAGGAGCGGUGGUAAGAAGAGGGCUGCUGAGGGCUUGGACACCUGCCCUGUCCAUCCAAAACAGGCAAAGUUGGAGAAAGAAGGGGAUUUGCACCCAGAGAAUGGAGAGUGUGCCCUGGACACAUGUGAGAGUAAGGACUUCCAUAUGACUGCAGCAGAUGCCAUUGCUUCACCUGCUACCAAGGCUACAAGCAGCAAAGAGGCCGCAGGACCAGUAUCACCCCCUGAAGAGGAUCCUGAGCGUUCCAAGCACAGAAGGAAACAAAAAACGCCUAAGAAGUUCACUGGGGAGCAACCGUCUAUCUCAGGGACCUUUGGACUUAAAGGCCUUGCCAAGGCAGAAGACAAAGCCAAGGCUCACCGUGCCAAGAAGUUGGAAGCCAGCAGCAGUGCUGAGGAGGGGAGGAAAAAGGUCUUGACAGCCAGUGUGAAGAAAGAGGUGGUACCUAUACCCACAGCUCACCUGAGCACAGGGAGCCCUGAGGAACAGUGGCAAAGGAUCCUCCAUGAGAAGGGUGAGGUCGUCUGUCCCACCUGUGGAGUCAUUACCAGGAAAACCAUUGUAGGCCUCAAAAAGCACAUGGAUGUUUGUCAGAAGCUGCAGGAUGCGCUCAAGUGUCAGCACUGCAAGAAACAGUUCAAGUCAAAGGCAGGGCUCAACUACCAUACCAUGGCGGAGCAUAGCAGCAAGCCUCAACCCCUGACAGAUGUAGAGCCUACCGAGGUGGAUGAACAAGAGGAACGAGAGCGUUUGAGGAAGGUUCUGAAGCAGAUGGGAAAGCUCAAGUGUCCCAAUGAGGGCUGUGCAGCUGCUUUCUCCAGUCUCAUGGGAUACCAGUACCACCAGAGGCGAUGUGGGAAGCAACCAUGUGACCUGGAGAGUCCUGUGUUCACGUGUCCUCACUGUGGAAAGACCUAUAAAUCCAAGGCUGGUCAUGAUUACCACAUCCGCUCAGAGCAUCCUACCCCGCCUCCUGAGGAACCUGUGGGAAAACCUCCUGAGCCGGAUGUUGAGAUGAAUAUGGAGCGGACACCAAGUGGACGGAUCCGCCGGACAUCCGCCCAAGUAGCAGUGUUCCAUCUCCAGGAGAUUGCAGAGGAUGAGCUAGCUCGGGACUGGACCAAGCGGCGGAUGAAGGAUGACCUUGUGCCUGAAACCAAGAGGCUUAAUUACACUCGGCCAGGACUCCCAACACUGAAUCCUCAGCUGCUGGAGACAUGGAAGAAUGAAGUGAAGGAGCGAGGUCAUGUCAACUGUCCUAAUAACUGCUGUGAAGCCAUCUAUUCUAGUGUGUCUGGGCUGAAAGCCCACCUGGCCAACUGUACCAAGGGAGACCACUUGGUGGGGAAGUAUCGGUGCCUCCUGUGUCAGAAGGAGUUCAGUUCUGAGAGCGGUGUGAAAUACCACAUCAUCAAGACACAUUCUGAGAACUGGUUCCGAACCUCAGCAGACUCCCCACCCAAACCUAAGAGCAAGGAGCACCUCUCUGCCAAGGAGAAAAAAAGCACAUCAAGUGGGAAGAAGCGGGGCCGAAAACCCAAGGAACGGCCCUCUGAGGGCCCUCCCCCAAAGACUUCUCCCAAGCCCCAGGACGAUUGGCCCUUGGGUGGUCGAGACAAGGGGAACCGAAUGGUGCCCAGCCGGAAAUCGGGAGCCAGUAAGUGUUUAUUUGCGAGAGGCGUUUUAACGGUGACCUACCCGAGGCUGAGCCCCGCCCAAGCGUGCUGAUUGAUGCCCUCCCGAAUCACCGGAGAGCUCGGGCCCAGAGUUGGUAAGGCCCCCGGCCGGAGGGUACGUGCUGUAAAGCCCGGGGCCAGCGAGGACCGGGCUGGAAGUCAAUUCCUGUAUGUACGAAAAAACGACCGUAUCAGAUAAAUGUUUAUUGAUUCUUUUUCA